UCCGAGCUGACAAGCCAUCCCGGGAUUGCCUGCCGUGCAACAGCAGCCCUGCACGAAUAACUAACUAAUCCGUACUGGUCUCAAAGUUUCAGCCUCUGCACACCAGCCGCCACCGCGUUUUCAAAACAGUUUCGGUGAUCCUUUUCUCAUGCGCAUGCCAUCGGGCCUGAAGUUCUCGCUUCAGUCCGCCCACUUUGCUCCUUCGACCCCUCUCUUAAGCAGGCGUUCAGGUUUCAAUCUAGCUCGGGUCUGUGGCGAUCCUGUUCUGGCCUCCGCCCGGGCGUUUCAUUCACGCGCUUCACUCUUCACGCUAAGGCUCUCACCCGGCAGUAGAACUCGCAGGCAUCUGGAUCGCCAGCGGAUCGAUUGUUCUGCAAGAGCACAACACCCUCGCAGCGGAUAUCUCAAGGCCUCCUCGUCGGGACUUUACCUUAUUGUCGCUGCAGCAGUAGCACUAUCUGCCUAUUAUUCCUUAUACCCACGCAACGCUGUGCCUGAGCGCCCUCGGGUACAAUCUGGACUCGUCCAAGACAUGACGGCAGACGUAGCUCCCGGUCGCCCCGGCAACCUGACUCCUGAGCAGGAGGAGAAGCUCCGGCGGUUAUGGCAGCUCAUCUUGCAAGUAUGUGCUGUCGGCCAGGAAAACGACGAGAACAACUCGACUGCCGCGAACGAGAAGGCCCAGGAUGAGGAUGGCAAGAAGGAGAAGAAAGGCCGCAUGUCGUUCUUCUCCCGGAAGAGCAAGAAGGACUCGGGGGCAGACUCGACACCCGGGACUCCGGCAAACGCACCCGUCCUUAACCUGGGGAAAGACGGCGAGGCGGAUAAGUACGGCCAAACCAAGGCUUUCUACGAGACUCUCGCCAGCCAGUCGCCGCAGUCGAUACGCAACACCAUCUGGAGCAUGGUGAAGCAUGAUCACCCGGACGCGCUUGUCCUUCGCUUUCUCAGGGCGCGCAAGUGGGACGUCGAGAGGGCGCUCAUCAUGUUCGUCUCCACCAUGCGCUGGCGGGCGCAGGAAAUGAAGGUUGACGACGACAUCAUGCGCAACGGCGAGGCUGCUGCGCUGGCUACCGCCGAGACAUCCAGCGAUCCGGCCGAGAAAAAGCUUGCGCACGACUUCAUGGCCCAGAUCAGGAAGGGCAUCAGCUAUGUGCAUGGCCAGGACAAGCAGGGCAGGCCGCUCUGUUUCGUCAAUGUCAGGCUCCACAGACAAGGCGAGGAGGCCGAGGAGGCCCUGGAAAGGUACACGGUGUAUCUUAUCGAGACAUGCCGCAUGCUGCUGCAGCCCCCGGUUGACACUGCUACAAUUGUAUUCAACAUGACCGACUUCUCCAUGGCCAAUAUGGACUAUGCUCCGGUCAAGUUCAUGAUCAAGUGCUUCGAAGCCAACUACCCAGAGUGCCUGGGCGCGGUCCUCGUCCACAAGGCUCCUUGGAUCUUUCAAGGAAUCUGGAAAGUCAUCCGCAGCUGGCUCGACCCCGUCGUCGCCAACAAGGUGCACUUCACCAACAGCGCCAAGGAGAUGGAAGAGUUCAUCCCAAUUAAGCACAUUCCCAAGGACCUCGAGGGUGAGGAGGAUUGGACGUACCAGUACGUCGAGCCUACCGAGGGCGAGAACGCCAAGCUCGCCGACAGCGAGACGCGCGACCGGCUGCUGGCGGCGCGCGAGAAGCUGUACAGGGAGUACGAGGAGGCCACGCUCGAGUGGAUCCGCAGCGGCGAGAGCGGCGACGGCAACGCGGCCGAGAUCAAGGCGAGGCGCAACGCGAUUGCCGAGAAGCUCCGCGUGGAUUACUGGAACGUCGAUCCCUACUUGCGCGCGAGGUCGUACUACGACCGAACCGGCGUUCUGUUGCCGGGCGGAAAGCUAAAUUGGUAUCCUGAUGCGAAAGCUGACGAGGUAAAGGAUGCUGCCGCCGCUCCGGCGCCUGCCGUCGAGACGACGAGCGACGAUGUUGAUUAGAUAUGAUUUUAGAGAGAUGUAAAUCUAGUACAUAUAGAUGCCCAUCAAGCCGAGUCCGGGCUUGGGGA